CGGUGCGUGACUCAUCUAGACUCGUUCAUUGAGCACUGGUCCAUUGAGAGGCGCUCGCGCUCAUUACUGCUCCGCCGGCCCGGCCUGCGCACACGCAUAGCGCGCUGCUCGCGAACGGACUAUACACCGACGCACUGCCUACGUUAUGUUGCCUCUCGCCUCUCGAUACAAUAUGGAGAGCUUUUCGAAAUCGUGCAUCUGGCUCGUUGCAGCGGCACUUUUGGCCGCGUGCGGCGUGAGUGCCGGCGUUGGAAGUAAAAGGCCGUUUACGCCCACCGAUUCGAUCUUAGAUAUCAUCGAUACGGAGCAGGUCGAGAGAAUGCUCGCGGCGAGAAGACGGGCCGAGGAAGCCACGGCGUCACCGACUUCCUACUUGCAGAGAAACGAACUCGGCGAAGGCAGUUCCGAAACGAUGGUCGUGUCUGCCCCCGACCAGGAGGAUGUCACCGAAAUGCCCCGUGGCGCAGCCUUCCGGAACAUCCUCAAGUCCUCGAAGAACGCGUUGAUCGUCACCAAAAAGGAGUAUCUCAAAGAGGAUUGGUGUAAAACGGAAAAGUUGAUCCAAAAAAUCCGCGAACCCGGAUGUUUACAGGCGACAGUGAUAAACAAUUUUUGUUACGGCCAGUGCAACUCGUUUUAUAUCCCGAAGGGGCCGCGGCGGCGCGAAGGAAACGACGAGCGGCCUCCGCCUGCGUUUAAGUCGUGUUCGUUUUGCAAACCGAAAAAGUUCACCUGGAUCACUGUUACGCUUCGGUGCCCGGGGCAGAACCCUCCGUUUAGGCGCAAGCGUUUACAAAAGAUCAAACAGUGCAAGUGUCUUCCGGUGGGAGUGAACUGAUGUUGGUUUUCGACAGACCCUCCUCACAGAGGCGGACAAUCGUCCAGCUCAAUCGGUGGAUCGCAUCCGAAGUAUGUGCUGAGCGCGCAAAGGUUAGGAGAUGAAAAAGGGAAGAACACUGAAGGAUGCAAUCAUAAAGUGUGACGUAAGGCGAUUUGUAAUGACAUUGUUACCUGAUGUUUUGAUUAGUAACUAUGCCUCGCUUAUUGGGGCGAGUGCGGAGUGGACUGUUGAACAUAAUUAUUCGGAUCGCGUGCUCUCAUACGUCAAUAGAGAUGACGUAAUGUGAUGCAGUGUAAUAACUUGUAAUAGAGCGGCUUCCACUGCAAGCUGUGAAGCGAGAGCUUUAAUUGUCUGUAGUGAUACUGAUUAGUUGGCUGAUGUUAGAAAACUAGUGACAGGUGACCUUGCGAUCGUUUAAGGAUUAUUUAGUACAAACGUGGCGCUGGAAAAAUCUGUGCUUGUUACGUAAUUAACGGAAAAUAUGGUGCUCGCACCGCAAUUAAAGAAGAAUCUACACGUUUCUAUUGCUACAGAAUAAGUGUGAUAUUAGUUGUAGAAAAAUCUGUAGGCGAUAUUCACAAGAACGCAACCAUGUUAUUUAUUUUAAUAUAAUUUUAUAUCAUGGUAAUAAUAAAAUAGUAGAUGUAGAUACCAAAAUACGCUUAUACGACAUAAUUUAAUGAUAACUGUAUAAAAUCGUCUUGUUAAAGGAGAUACAGAGUAAAUGUAAUUACUUAGUAUGAGUUAGAGAUAAUUCAAAUAAUAUGAUCUCUGUUUGCUCUCCAGUCUUCGCAUUUGUUUAUUUAAUAACAAUUUACAUAAUAUUGUAUUCUGUUAAACGAUGUUUGACAAGUGUAAAACAUAUCUUGCAAGAGAUAUCGUUGAGCAAACUUCGUAUUUAUUCAGUCUUUCACUGCAAAACAAAUUUGCGGUUUAUGAAAGGGCCAGGAAUGAAUGCCAGUAGAGAAUUCUGUUUUUUGAUUUGUUGUAUCAUACCUAUCCCAUCAUAUUUUUGGUUGAAUUAUAACAUAAAUAAAACAAACGAAAAAUUAACAAAUUCAAACGAUAGUUAUGUAUUUGUUGCUAUUUAUUUUUAUUAAUACAAUAUUUCUCAUUUACCUUUAGGUAUCUCGUUAAUUUCUAUGUGUUAGUGAACUGAAAUUCUUUGACUGUAUGAUACACCUAUUUUUGUUGUAAACUAUUUAUAUGUACGUUUAUAUAGCUAUGUGAAAAUUAUAACAAUAAAGGCAGUUAUAAUUAUGUGCCUACAUGGUAUACCGGUAGUACUUAGUAUGUGUUACACAUAUUGCACAUUUACUUUACAUUUGCUUAGAGUGGCCGCACACAUAAGUCUGACGCAAUAAUAUUUUCUAUAGCAAGACUUUAACAUAAGUUCUAUGGGUGUUAUUCUCAUGAUUUCGAUCUUUAGAAACUUAAUAGGUACUUACCUAAUAUUUGAAACUAAAUUAAAAAAACAACAUUAAAGCACCGUUGUUGUAUUGUUAGUCGUAUUCGAAACGAGUCUGGCAUAUACCGACAAAAUUAGAUCUAAAUACAGCCGUUAUGUAUUCAAUCAUCAAAACCUUUCAGUAUUCGAAUUCCACAAUAUUAAUUGUAAAUUGAUAAUUAUAAUUAAAAUAAUGAAUGCAUGACAGAACUUAUACCAAUUUUAAGACAAGUUAUUAUUCUUCUUUACACUAUUAACUUUUGGCUAAAGUUAGUCAGUUGGGUAAAGAGAGUUAAAUAAUAUUUUUAUACCAUCCAUACCUCAAAAGGAAAAACGGAACCCUUAUAGGAUCACUUUGUUGUCUGUCUUUAUGUCUGUGUGUCAGUCCGUCCGCCCGUCUGGUCUGUCAAGAAAACCUAUAGGGUACUUCCCGUUGACCUAGAAUCAUGAAAUUUGGCAGGUAGCUAGAUUGUUUUCAGUGGAAUGAACACCUUGGUAAUUUUGUUAUAGCCAAUUUUGUUGUAAAUUUUGUGUUCAGUGAGGACAGAUAAAAAGUCUUAUUUGGAAAUAAUAGUCUUCCUGUGUAUAGUCACUCUUUAGUAAUGCGAAAACAUCUAUCAUUUUAUAAUAUAAAUGCAGUAAUGUGAAUGUUGGUUCUCUUGCCAUUAUUCAACCUAAUUGAAUGCAGCAUAAAGAAAUUAAAAUGUUAUGUUUUACUUUACAAAACGCGUAAAUAUAUUUUGAAACUGUAAUAAAAAG